AUGGCAAAUCUUUUGUUGUUGAUCUUGCGCCAUCCUCUACGAUCGCUUAUCUUUACGCACUCCUUCUUCUCUCAGAUACUUCUAGCAAUUCUCCGACGACUGCUAUUGCCACAUUUCCCAUCCCACCAAUCUUUGCGACUUCAAAUCCAACGUGCAUAUCUCGCCGCUGCGUCGCUGACAUUUCCAGAUUUGACCCACAGACUUCCGGUAGGAGAUCUGUCUCCUGACCGAGCUCGGAAGGUGGAAGGCACGCCAGCCUACCUCAUCCCAGGCUCUCGACAAAUUUCAGACUUUGCAUGUCCGAAAAACGGCACGCAAGCAUGUGUCGCGUUGUUUGCGCAUGGUGGUGGCUAUGCACGCGGAGAGGCGAGGAUGUACGCCAACUACAUGGAGCGAUGGGUUCGAGGUGCUGCACAGGCGAAGCUUGACCUCCUCUUUCUGUCAGUGGAAUAUCCACUUUCCACCGAGAAAAGCCAUCCGGCGCAACUGAACGCCUUCAUUCAAGGCUAUCGAUAUCUGCUUGACAGUGGUGUGAAGCCUCAAAACGUCAUUUUCAUGGGCGAUUCAGCCGGUGGUGGCUUAUGUAUUCUGUCCGGGAUUACCCUCAAACGCUUCGGUCUACCACAACCAGCGGCAACGGUCUUGAUCUCUCCGUGGAUGGACUUGACUCUGAGCGCCUACCAAGGAGGGAACGCCGCCGUCGAGACUGACUAUUUUAUGAUGGCGAACGAGAAUGUACCUGGUCUUGUAUCACUGUUUAUUGGCGGCUUGCCUCCAGACUCUCCUGAAGUCAACCCCCUUUGUUGCCAGCCCGCCGACAUCAAGGGGCUAAACCCGCAGCUUAUUUUCACCGGUGGUGCCGAGUUUGCACGCCGCGAUUCCGAACUGUGGGCCGAAAAGUGCAAUGAAGCAGGUGUAACGCACAAGAUGAUCAUUGAGUGGGGACAAUUGCAUAUCUACGCUGUGGGUUCAAAGUUCACGGCACCGGCAGUUCGAGGAAAGACGGAUAACUUGAUCAUUGAUUGGAUCAAGGAGCAUGUCAAAUAG